AAAUCCAACUAAUGUAUGCAAUUUUCAUCUAUUUAUUCUCCAAAGAUGAACUAUUCUUGUUCAAACAUUGAACUCUGUCCAUUUUCAUGAUGAUGAGCACUGCAGUCCCUCAUAUUGUUGUGCUUUUUGUGCUUUUGGUUUACUGCUUGAGUGUAAAUACUGGAGCUGGAGAGCCAAAAAUCAGAUGCAAUGAAGCCGAGAGGCAAGCAUUGAUAAAAGUUAAAGACCAUCUUUCCUCUUGGGGAGAAGGUGAGGACGUUCUUUCCUCUUGGGGAGAAGAAGAAGAUAAAAGAGAGUGUUGUGAUUGGAUUGGAAUUCAGUGCAGCAACAACUCUGGUCAUGUCAUCAAGCUUGAUCUUUCUCCUUCAACUUUUAAUCACAGUCGUCAUAUUCUAAGAGGUAAGAUCAGCUCUGCAUUGUUCGACUUAAAGUACUUGAAUCACCUGGACUUGAGCUACAUCGACUUCCGCGAGAAUUUCAUCCCAACAUUCAUCCCAACUUUCCUUGGCAGCCUCACCAAAUUAAGGUACCUCAAUCUCUCUUCCACUGAUCUAGGUGGAGGUAUUCCUCCUCAGCUUGGAAACCUUUCCAGCUUGCAGUUUCUUGAUCUUAGCCAUAAUUUUUUAGAGGCAAAAAGCUUAAAAUGGGUUUCACAUCUUUCAUCUUUACGAAUACUUGACCUGAGUGGCACAAACAUGAGCUUAGCUAAUGAUUGGGUGCAUGUAGUAGUUAACCUUCCUCAUUUCAUGACAAAUUUGAUACUAAGUGAUUGUAAUCUUCCUGAUAUAGUUGUUUCUUCACCAUCUCAGUCCCUUGUUAACUCUUCAAAAUUUCUUAGCGUCCUUGAUGUUUCUAGAAACCAACUGUCUCAGUCUAUAUUCCAAUGGUUGUUCAAGUAUAAUAGUAGUCUUGUUCAUCUUGACCUCUCUAGUUGCCAAUUAGGAGGUUCCAUUCCAAAUGGGUUUAAAAAUAUGGCUUCCCUUACCUAUCUUGAUCUCAGCUACAAUGCCUUUGAAGGAAUAAUUCCUGAAUCUUUUGGGAAUUUGAUUUCCCUUAAAUAUCUUGAUCUUAAAUCUAAUCAACUAGCUGGUUUUCAUCCGAAAUCUUUCAAUAAUAUGACUGCCAUUUCAUACCUUGAUCUUAGCGAAAAUCAACUAAAUGGUUAUAUUCCAGAGUUCUUUGGGAAUAUGAUUGCCCUUACAUAUCUUAAUCUCGAAAGCAAUCACCUAAAAGGAGCCAUACCAGAAGAUUUUGGAAAAAUGGCUUCUCUCAGUGAACUUGAUCUUAGCAAUAACGAGCUUGAAGGGGAAAUUCCAAAAUCCAUUUGGAAAAUAUGUGAACUGAAGAUCCUUGUAGCAUACAACAAUAGACUUAGCGGACAGUUACAUUUGGCUGAAUUACCCUCAAAGGAAUGUGCCAAUUUCUCUUUAGAGAAUUUGGACUUGAAUGAAAAUCAAAUCAUGGGAUCAUUGCCUAAUUUCACCUUAUAUCCCUCUUUGACUGAGCUAUAUCUUUCCUCGAAUCAGUUUGGUGGACUAUCCAAAAGUAUGAGUCAAUUAUCACACUUAAGAACUUUGGAUCUUUCUGGAAACUCUAUCAAUGAUGUUUUAUCUGAAGCUCAUUUUUCAAAGCUCUUCAACUUACAUUCUUUGGAUUUAUCAAAUAACUCAGAUCUAGUUAUUAGGAUUCCUACUGAUUGGAUUCCACCCUUUCAGUUGUCCUAUAUAAGUCUUGGAUCUUCCAAUUUGGGUCCUCGUUUUCCAAAAUGGCUCCAAACUCAGGAUUAUAGUGUACUUAAUAUCUCCAAUUGUGGAAUUUCAGAUUCUAUUCCAGAUUGGUUAUUCAAUUUUAGCUCAAGCUUAUCUCUUCUCGAUUUGUCUAAUAAUAAAAUUAGAGGAAGAAUUCAUGAUAUCAAGCAAAGAGUCAAUAUUUCCUCUGAAUUCGAAUACGGAAGAACUUAUCCUGACAUAGAUUUGAGUUCAAACGAGUUAGAAGGAUCAAUACCAAGUUUUUUACUGCAAGGGACAUCUUCACUAAAUCUUUUCAACAAUAGCUUUUCACAGUUAGAUUCCCUAUGUAAACCCCCUUUAGUGUUUUUGGCCUUUCUUGAUGUCUCAUAUAAUCAAUUGUCUGGUGAGCUGCCUGAUUGUUGGUCAAAAGCAUUUUUUCUGCGAGUUCUUGUUUUGGCAAAUAACAAGUUAUCUGGAAAGAUUCCCACCUCCUUUGGCUUUAUGGUCAACAUCAAAGUGUUGCAUUUGAGAAACAACAAUUUGACUGGUGAAUUGCCUUCAUCACUACAGAACCGUACAAAUUUGAUGGUAUUUGAUGUUGGAGAGAACAACUUGUUUGGGCCAAUACCAGCAUGGAUAGGUACAAACCUAACAAAUCUUCUCAUUCUUAGUGCACGCUCCAAUAGCUUCAAUGGAAGAAUACCCUUACAACUGUGCCACUUAGCGAAUCUUCAAUUGUUAGACUUGUCUUCAAAUGAUCUUUCUGGCCAAAUUCCAAACUGUCUCGGUAAAAUUACAGCUAUGAAGGAAUUAAAUCGAAGAGAAUAUGUACCAGCAGACUUGGAUCCUUAUUCUAGCAGCAAAGGCCACCAAGGUGUUCCAGGUGAUUUCAACCAUCAAAAGUUAGUGUUGAUAUGGAAAGGAGCAAUCUCUGAAUUCAAAAAUGUUGGACUUUUGAGGACCAUUGAUUUGUCCAACAAUAAACUUAUUGGGGAGAUUCCAAGAGACAUCACUAAACUUGUUGGGCUAAUUUCAUUAAACUUGUCAAGAAACAAUCUAAGUGGACAAAUCCCUCAAGAGAUUGGUCACUUGAAGUCUUUAGAUUUUCUUGAUCUAUCAAAGAAUCAAUUUUUCGGUCAGAUUCCUUCAAGUCUCUCUCAAGUGGAUCGUCUCAAUACAUUAGAUUUGUCAAACAAUAAUUUGUCUGGUGAAAUUCCAAGAAGCACUCAACUCCAAUCCCGUGAUGCAGCUGCAUAUAUGGGAAAUCCUCUCCUUUGUGGAAUUCCACUUCCAAUAAAAUGUCCAAAUGAAAAAGUACCAACUACAGCUGAUGAAGCUAUGGAAAAUCAUAAUGGUGAUGAGUUUAUUAGCAAAGGAUUUUACAUAAGCGUAGCACUGGGAAUCGUAGUUGGAUUUUGGGGAUUUUGUGGGACUUUAAUCUUCAACAAGUCGUGGAGAUAUGCAUAUUUCAAGCUGUUGAACAAUGCUGAGGACUGGGCUCAUGUAAAAGCAACACUUCAGAAGGAGAAACUACUGCGUAUAUUUAGAAGCUGAAUUGGCACGAAUGACAUGGCAAGUGACUUCUGGACACGUGGCUGACACUUGGCGGAAUUCUGCUAGGGUAUCGACCAGAAGAGAUAUUACAAGCAAAAGACAAUCGAAGCUUACCUGCGACCAGUAUGGUCGCAGGUUCCGCGUAUCUCAUGAUAUUUUUAUAAAGAUCUUAGUCAAUCCCGAAAUUGACUCCCAUGAUUUCCUGAGUAUCAUAUUAUUUAUGAAAGAAUAUCUGUAACAAAUGAAUGUAAUCCCCCUUGAGCCUAUAAAUAGAAAAAGAUAGCUCAAGAAAGGGACUUUUUGCCUUCGAAUUAUUUGAGACUAGAGUGAUUCUAUUUGACAUAUUGUAUUGUUCUUCAGAGGUUGGUGAAACUCAUUGAACCCUAGUUCUUUGAUCACUCCUUUGAAUUCUAUAUCAAUAAUAAUUCAAGUGGAUGUAGGUUAUUACUAGAUUAUGGGG